UUCUCUAGAGUGUAAGUGCAAACCUGUUAAACCGUCCGUUUAAGCCACACCGCUUUAAUCUUAUCCACUUCGUUCCUUCGGCCCGGGCCCCUUAUCGGGCUGCACCCACAUCUCCAGCACGGUGCCUCGCUCCUGCCCAGCCUGCCGGCAGCGCUGCCCUUCUCAAGCUUCAGACAGUUCCAGGCGCCUUCCAUCUCCAGCCGCCUUUUAUAGACAAAGCUCUGCACGCGCCGCCGUUUCCUCACUCGGAACGGCACACGUUUUAACGCGUGCAUCACGGUACUUCCUCUCCGAAAGCCGCUGAUCGGGACUCACGCCCCCAGUUCCGCGGCCUACACCGGGGCUCGCCCCUCAGCCCGGCUCCCAGCCGUUCCCUCUGCCGCCCACCUCCCGCCGGGGGCCGGGGGCACCGGACGGCCCGGCCCUGCUCGACUCCGCCCCGCCGCAGCCCCUCGGGCGGGCUCGGAGGAAGAUGGCCGGGCACGGCGGGAGCGGCGCGGCGGCGCGGGGAGGCGGAGGCCGCGGCGUUGUGAUUUCAGAUGAUUGGCCUGGAUACAGUCUGGAUUUGUUUACUUAUCCACAGCACUACUAUGGAGAUUUGGAAUACGUGCUUAUUCCGCAUGGCAUUAUUGUUGACAGGACAGAACGACUGGCUAAGGAUAUUAUGCAAGACAUUGGAGACAAUGAUAUUGUGGUUCUCUGUGUUCUCAAAGGUGGCUACAAGUUCUGUGCUGACCUUGUGGAGCACAUCAAAAAUCUCAGCAGAAAUUCAGAAAGAUUCAUCUCCAUGAAAGUCGAUUUUGUUAGACUGAAAAGUUACCACAAUGAUCAGUCUAUGCAAGAUAUGCAGAUAAUGGGAGGAGAUGAUCUUUCAAAGCUGACUGGAAAGAAUGUUUUAAUUGUUGAGGAUAUUGUUGGGACUGGAAGGACUAUGAAGGUUCUGCUUAAUCACAUAGAAAAAUAUAAUCCAAAAAUGAUUAAAGUGGCAAGUUUGUUGGUGAAAAGAACAUCUUGGCCUGAUGGGUACAGACCAGACUAUUAUGGAUUUGAAAUUCCAGAUUUAUUUGUGGUAGGUUAUGCCUUAGACUACAACGAGUACUUCAGAGAUCUGAACCACAUAUGUGUUAUCAAUGAUCGUGGAAAAGCAAAAUACAGAGUCUGAAGCAGUUACACCCUCAUCAGAAGAUCUGUAAGCUCAGAGAAGCAGAAAUUUGACUGCACUCCUUCAAGCAUCUCUCAGAAGGAAGUUCAACUGACUUCUGUUUCUGUUAAUUCAGUGUAAUAAGGGAUUUACUCUUGAGGUACUGAUGAAUAUAUACAGAAGUGAGUGUUCCUAUCUAAAAUCUGAAGUAGACAUUGAAAGUUACUACAUGUUUUAAGUACUAAAAUUAUGGUAUAAUUUCUUUUUACUAAUGAUUUGUCUCAGCUCACUGUGAAUGCAUCUUGUUUGUGCAGUCCAUCAUUCCAUCCAUUACAAUUAAUGUACUUCACAUUAUGUGUUCAUAAUGUGCUGCAAAAAUUGUUCAGAAAUGUCAUUAUGUGCAUUAAGUUUAUUAUAGAGAAUUUUAGGAACUUCAGCGUCUGUGUGAUUUUGGCUGGAUAUGCUGCUACCAAACUGAAAACAUUAUUUUUAUUUAGUUCCACAGUUCAGAAGUUUCAGCUGAAGUUGUAUGCUGUAUGACUUCAGAUAGUCCUUACUGCCUCUUCCAAAUGGAAAUUGUAACUCCCAGAAUGCACUGAAUUAGAGUGCUGGUACAAAAUGGACCUUUGCAAGACACUGUUGAUCUGAGCUUGGAAGUUGUCUUGCUUCUAGUAGGUGAUGUAGCAUAGAUCUUAUCAGUUAAAUGUGCUGAAUUUUAACCAAGAGAAAACACCAGGCAGGCUUCCAUUUCUGUAUAGUAUCCUUUGACUUCUGUAGUACACAAGCAAGUGAAAAAAUCAGCAUAGUGUUCUGCGUGUAUUUUCUUAAUUAAACCUCAUCAAGCACAAAAGUUUAAUGUUAAACAAUAACAAAUAACUGAGUUGAGACUUGCUGUGACUGUAUGUCUUCUUUAAGGAAUACAGAUCUGACAGUGCUGAAAGCUAGUGUCAGAAAGGAAAAAACGUGCAGGAGAACAGGGGCAAUAAGUUAACCUGUAAAUGCUGUAGACUCUGGAGAUUCCUUCUUUCCCUCGUACAUCGUGUUGGAAGAAGUCUGUUAGUUUACAUGCUGUAUUUAGUUGAAACAUUUAGUUCUGUGCUGUAUACAGCAGUGCUCAAUAACUUCCUGAGGGAAGCAAAUGUAAGCAGCUCUGUACCAACAGCUUUACUCUGAACUGCAAGAGGUAUGUUCUUAUCAGCGUGGGUUUCUUUUAAGUUAACACAGAUACUGUAAGAACUCUUGUUACAAUGCACAGUUGUUUAUUUUCCUGCUUUAGCAUAUUUUGCAUAUCCCAAAAAGCUCUUCCAAAACGUGCAUUUAGUUGUUAAUCUAAAUGUACCUUAUGAAUGUAUCCUGUCACUCAUAAUCUACUUCUAUUUGGAUAAAAUCCAUGAUGUUAAUGACAUGAAGUGAGAUCAAAGAAUUACUGCGAUUGCUAGAUUAAUGUUGAAGUCCUUUUUUCUUUACUCUUUUAGCCUAUACUUUUAAAGAUUUAUGUUGAAAAGCUUUCCUUUACAGAAUAACGUUCUGCUUUAGAGAGGCCCACACCUCUGGUGAAAGGUGUUGAAAGAAGUUUCAUCUUUUUUCCUUCUAUGAGAGUUUGAAAGUUUUACUUAAUAUUUCUGCUUUCCAUGGAUUCAGUAGCACUGACAUGUGGUGCAGGCUGACAUGCUUAAGCCUAAUGUGGGAGAUCCCUGAGACUUUGUCCUUUUAUCUUCUCAUCUCAAAAAAGUGCAGCCCAAUUCCCCUUGUGGCUAUGAUCAGCCAACAGCAACAACAAAAGAAUGUAACAGGUGAAUUAGCAUGAAAUUAGUGUGAAAAUAUGUAGAUGCACUUCAUUCAGACUUUGUCAAAGUUGUUUCUUUGGAAGAUUCAGGUUGUUAAAAUCUAUGUACCCAACAAAAAAGAACUUAAUUAUAGAAAAUAUAAGAAAUUGGAAUGUUUAUUCAAGUUAAACUUAUUUCCUCCUGCCAUCGUAUUUUAAACACAGUGAUAAAGCAUUAUAUGAAUUUCAGUAGUGAAUUUACAUGUGCAAUUAUACUGUGAAUAAGAGGUGUUUUAUACUUCUAACAUCAUAUUUGAAUCUUGUACCCUUAUAGAUCAAAGCCCGUCCAGGCAGUGGGUCAUUAUGCAAAUAUGUCUCAAUAAUGUUGAGUUUAGUUUUUCCAUUCUGUUCAGAUAAUGUAAAACAAACAAACGAACAAAAAACAACCCUUACUUUUUCCCAUGUCUGUUUCAUGGCUUAAUAACAGUGUUGAUUGCAUGUGUCACAGUGCUCCUGAACUGAAAGGCCACUAAGCAUUUUUUCAGUUGCAGUUGCACCCUAUGACCCACAAAGCAAUGUAUUUUUUUAAAUCAGUUCAGUAACAUCUGUUGCUGAAGAAGAGAGGAUGUUCUUUACCAUCAGUUAUUUUUCUGGACAUUGUGUUCAUGUAUUUGGCAGGCAUCCAUUUUCGUCUCAGUUUUUCUUCUCAUGCACUCUUAACACCAGCAUCCUUUCCCUACCUACUGAAUACAAAUAAACAGAGGCAGUUAUUUGGUUUAAAGCUGCGUAAAUGUUUAGCAGUCUUCAGGUUUCAGAUUUCAUUCAAUUCAGUCAUGCUUGUAUCUGGUCCAGUUCCAAAAUAUCUGAAAGUAAAGGAAUUUAAAUAACCUGACUGCUAUGUACGUAAUUAUUUCUUUUCCAAGCAUGCUGCUGCAUGCUUGUAUUUGUAGUUGAACAAAGUAGUAAAUGUGCCUGGGAUUUUUUGAUUGCUUACUAUUGGUGAUGCAUUUCCUGAACGUACUGUGUUAAUCUUAGAAGCUUUUUGUUUUUGUAAUUACAUUUCUAUGUGACAUUCAGGUGUUUGCUAAAACAAACAAACAAAUUGUGUAUGCCGUAUUCAGAACAGCUUCUGGCCUGGGAAGGAGUCAAAUCAUCACUCUUUGCAUGCAAUAAAAUGCUUAACUUGGAUAUGUACUUCUGACAGGAGUCAUCUCUACUGUUCUGUAGUGAGAAUAACGUUCAUUGGAAUAAAAAUACUGGAGUUUAAAAUUUUAGUAUUUCUUUAGACUGAAGAAGACCUAAUCAGCUUCUCUCCAUGUUUGCAUUUCCACUGUAUCCAGAUAAAAGAGCACUGAAAGCCUCUGUUGUAAUCAGACUUGAUAGACAAGAAGCCUGCAAUUGACUCUAGCUCCCUGGAACACUUUAAUUUUCAGUUUCAGUUAAAAAUUAGAUGAGAAUCUCAAAAGCACAGAGUAUCACAACAAGCGAUAGAAGCCUGCUUUCCCUUUUGUGAAGCCAUCGAUUUAGGAAUGUCUUUCCCUUCUUUUACCUUUUCAAAUGUUUUCCAGAAAUUCUGAUUGUCUACCUAUAGGAGCUGAGAUGAAUGCAAUGUCUAAGCAUUCUAUGAAGGGUAUUUUAAUUUAUUUUCCUCCUUAGACUGGAGAGAGAAAUUUGCACAUUCCUCUGCAGGAAUUAUGAGCUGACACCAUCCUUCUUUCUGCCCAGAAACCACUGGUUGGUUCCUUUGUGUUCUCACAUGAGCACACAUAUCCACACGUGCACUUUUCGCUGUUACCACGGGUUUUUUUGGAACACAACACAAAUUCCAAAUUGGCAAAAACUUCGACUCAAUUAGUGCAGUACUUUGCUGUCAUGCUUCGUUCCUUCUGCUUCUGCACAGAGAAGUGAACUACUGGCAAACAGCUGGAGCCUGCAGUACAGCAAUUUAUUUGUAAUACUAAGGGAGAAAAAGGUUUGGAUACCAUUCAAAGACUGACCUUUAGUUUGCUUCGGGAGUGUCCUGACAGUUUUCCCUUCUUUUUCCACUGCAGAAAGAGACAAAAGUGACUUUAUUAUUGUGAUCCAGUACUCUUUUAGACCUGCAUGAUUGGACCUCUGAUAAUGACAAGAAAAUUUCAUUUCUAAUCAUGACACAGCAUUUCAUCAGAUUAAAUCACUUGUUGCAAAACCCUCUGGUCCUACCAUUAGUAAAGCUCCCCGCAUUUGCCAGAGCUGUUAAGUCAUAAGGCUUGACAAGGGACAACACUUGCUGGAAGGUCAGUUCUACACAUUUACAGCUAUUGAAAUUGCUUAGAAAAACAUCCACAAACAUCAAAGAUGUUAUGGGUGCAAUGGAAGAAAUCAGUGAUAUCCUGAAAUGUUUUUUCUUAGCUAUUUCAUUUUCUUAAAUUGUUACGAGUAUUUACAUUUUUUCAUCAGGUUGUUUUUCUCUAGUUUCAUUAGGUAUAUCUUCUGUCACAUGGUAUUCUCUCCUUUAUCCUGGUGCGUCGUAACCAAAUCCUUGUCACUUUAAUGUCACUCACAGACAGUUGUUUGUUUGUUUUUUUUCCAGGAAAGAUAAGCCCUGGUUCUGUGUUGUUCAGGGCUGGAUUUUUCAAAGUUCGUAAGUAUCCAAGAAAUUAUGGGAUUUCACUUGUUUGGUGAGGUGCCUACCCGCAUCCUUCAGGUUUUGUUCCUUUGAAAAUAUGUUUGUUUCCCAAUCUGGAUAGAAUGGGAAAACAUGCAACCUGGGAUGAAAACGGGAGGUACCGGAAUGAAAAGGAGAGGCAAGUACAAUUGUGUCAUUCUUUGAUUUGGGAAUCAAUAUCUCUUUGUCUUUCUGAGUCAUACAAGUGUUUAAUUGAUUUAUUUGUUUGGGUUUUCAUGAGGAUUACUGGAGUAGUGUUUCUGCUUUUUCUUAGGAAAUUUGGAAUGAGGUGAGAGUGCUCAAAAUUUGAAUUUUGGAAGACAUAGCUCAGCCUAAACAGUCGCAGACAGAGACAAAAAGCAGACAGCUUUCAUGGCACCAAAGGCAGGCCAGAGACAGAGUUGUGUUCAGCAGUAGCAGAGCAGCAGAGUAAGAGAGGUUAAAAAAUGAGGUGUCCUUGCAAGCUUUAACUGUAGAACAUUAAUUGGAAUGAGUCCACUAGUGAGCAUACAGGAAGGAUACUGAAAAUGGUUAAAUAUGACCUGCUGAAUGAGUGUGGACAAGGAAGGUUUCUGCUGAGAGACAGUUUGAUCCUGGGCCCAUUUGUGCCAUAUAGGAAAGAAAACCGUAAUAAACCAAAAUUGCUUAUCUUCCUCCUGAAGGCAUUGCACAUAAUAACAGGAUGCUAUUAACUGCUUUCAAGCAUUUAACUACAAACAACCAAUUUAAGCUUCCAAAUACUGUUUUGCCUAAGCUAUGUAUGAGACAGAGUCAGCUAUGUAAAGUAAAUCUGAAUCUCUCUUUGCCUUUAAUCAAACAAAUUAUGCAUCUAUGUUAGUUCAUCUGACUAGAUCCCAGUGUGGUUGCUCACAGUCUCUCUUACUUUCUAAGGCUUCAGAGUCUUUCCAUCUCAGGCUUUACCCUAUUCCCUACAUCUUUUACUUCCAUCUCUCCCAUUUUCUCCUAGUCUAUGUAGGGCAGAAAUCAGUUUAUGAGCUCAGCAGGUGCUGGGAGUAAAAGUGAAGGAUGAUCUGGUGAAUGCAGAAUUGGAAUGUGCCACAAAUAUGGAUGAGUUCGUCAUCCUUAGGGAAAACACACCCCAAGAACAGCUGAAAUACCACCAGCAGGCAGUUACAGAUAUCUUCUAUGAGAGAUAUUUAAGAAAAGAAGGAGAUAGUUUUGGGGGAGAAAGACUUCUGAUUUGUGUCCGAAAGUGUAAAAAUGGAGAAGCUAAGUGGUUUGCAAAGCACAGAGAGAGUCCCAUGUGUCACCAGCUUUGCCAAGGCCUUCUGUAUUUUCCUAGGGCCCUGUAGCAUCCUGGCUGCAGCUGCCUGUGAGCUGGGGAGGAAUCUGCCCAUGGCCACGCAAAUUUGCACAACCAACAUCCUGCUUCGCUGUGGUAUUUCUGGCUCCAGUAUCAUCCAAGAAUAGAAGAGGGUUUAUCCAGGUCAGGUCUGGCAUGCAGUUGAUUCUGUCAAGCCUCCACCAUAUCUUGCAGCAGCCUAGCCGAAAUACGCAUCAAAAUAUUUUGAUAUUGUCCCCACAUGGGUCACAAAGUGGAGUCUGAAACUGGUGAGUGUUUUCCUGACUAUGUCCCACUUAUUUAUAGAAAAAGAGUCAACUACAAGAACACAUUUCCUGUGCAAAAGGGAAGAAGGAAGUCAAGGUACGUCAUGGCACUACCUCAGGAUGAUCUGAAUUCUUCGGACGGGCGCAGCGUUGCUGAUGUUAUUUUCCAUUCCUCAAACUGUGUUUACGCUGUCUCAGCCUCAGCAUGAGACAUUUAAAUUGUUGUACGCAGGAGAACAAAAGUGUUUUAUAAAGUAAAAAUAGGUUGUGAAAAUUGUGUGUAAGCUCCUCAAGAACAAGGAGCACCUGUUCUGUGUAUUUGGGUAGCAAAAUAAUAACGUGGGCCCAGUUCCUCCACAGACACACAGACUGAAUACAAGUGCUCACACUCCCCUGGUUACACCCCUAGAAGUCUCAGCAAGUUAUCAGACUAGUUUUUAGUUAGUGUAGGACAGGUGUACGUAUGAAAAUAGUAUGAAAAUAUAGCAAUUUUCCAUGUGAAUGUCAUUCCUUCAGCAUGCCAGAAUAAUGGCAUCGGCCUAAAGGUAGAAAUGCCCGUAUUGUUGCUAACUCCAAGAAUUUAAAUUUUCAGUUGAAUUUCAUACACUACCAAAUAGGAUGGAAAUGCAGUUAUUUGAUUCUCAGUAAAGUUCAUCAAAUGCACAACUGGCCAGGACUCCUCAGAAUCACCUCUGGAGGACAUGGUGGCAGAGAGGAGAUGGCAGCCCCACCACCAGCUUCAUCCCCAGCCUCAUGCUGAGGUCUCCUGGUAUUUUCCCAGCUCAGUACUCAACUUUAGAACAGAUGGGAUCACAGUCUAAAACUGUAAAGACGUAGGAGUUAGCUUUUCCCUGAGAAUAUGCUCUAAAUUUAAAAGAAAGUCAUUGAGUUAACUUCUUGAAGCAUCCCUGCCCUUCCUCUGAGAAGCUGCUGCACGAGUGCCAGUGCUGCCUCCUCUGAGCUUCUUGCCAGCACCAGCUCUUCUCGUCCUUGGCUGCUCCCGCUUGUGUCCCCAACCUCUUCUCUUAAUCUGCCCCCUGAGGCCGGGUGCUGCUUUACAGGCCCCAAACUCCUGACUACAGCCUGUGCCAGCCCAUGGCUCAGUGUAGAUAAUUAGGUGAGUGUGAAGGAUUUUGAAAAUCAGGUAUGUAGGUAAUUUCCAUGUUUAGGUUUUGCCAAAAUUACAGCACUGAGGCACUUAAGCACAGGAGCAGCAGGGCCUGGACAGUGUCCCCUCGCUGCUGGUGAAAGGAGCUGCUGCUUUCACUCCCUCAGAUGUGUUGAUGCAUAUGGAAAUGCAGCGUCCUGUAGUCCCAGCGCUGUAUUUAUCUGUAGCAUAGCUAAUAACAGAUAAGGAGCUCCAAACUUAGAAAUUAUUGUUGGAGAAUUUGGGGCUUUGGGAGGGAAGGGGGGAAAUUCUCCUCUGCCUUGACACGCUUUGCAAAAAGCCCCUCCAUCAUAUUUUCAAAAGUCUUCAAGUGACUCACUGCAGGGAAGCAAAUGCUUACAGUCUGAUAUUCUGUCUAUAGGCUCAUCUAAGUUGAAAUCAAGUCCUGUGAAUUUUUCUUCACUGUUCCGAGUUAUAUAAAAAUAAUCACAAUAAACUCACUUUAAGAGUUAGCUUCAAAAUACACAAUUGGGCACGUUUCCCUGUGCGUUAAUUGUUCUGUGAAAGGCAAAAUGUUCUUAAUUAUGUAUAAUUGUUAAUAGAAAUAUGGACAUAGAAAAAUGGCCUAGAACAAAACCCAGUAUUUUUAUUCCUGUUUUUAAUGAAGUUUCAGCUAAAAUGUAUUUUUCUCUUUCCCAUUUUCUCAGUUUUCCAGAACUCUACCAAAACUCCUGAGAGAGUGGUGAGGUGCUGGAACAGGCUGCCCAGAGAGGCUGUGGAUCUCUGUCCCUGGAGGCGUUUAAGGCCAGGUUGAACCGGGCUCUGGGCAGCCUGGUCUAGGACUUGAUUUAGCAACUGGCAACCCUGCUAAUUGGAACUUGAUGAUCCUUGAGAUCCCUUCCAACUCAAGCCAUUCUACGAUUUUCUGAUUCUAUGAUUCUCCUGCAUUCAGCUUUUUUCAGUUACUCACAGGAUCCCUGCUCCAUCUCUCUCUUCAGCUCAGCUUUAUUGAUGCUGGAAACAGUGGCUAAGGGAACCCGCUGCUUUGGCUUUCUCCUUUCAGAGGCUCAGUGCAUUACAGAGCAGUACGUUAGAAAGGCAGCACCUGGACUACUCACCCCAAUCAAAUUUCUUUUUGCCUUCCUUCAUGCUUUCCACAGCACAUUCACUCACUUUUUCUUUCCCUGUGCAUCUCUGACAGUGCACUGCGAUGCUCCCAUCAGAACACUGAGCUAUUUCAGCCACCAGGAGGUUAUUCUUUCUCACUCCAGUGACGUUUUAGGGUGCAGUAAGUCAGCCUUAAAGCAAAAACAGCUAGCUCUAGAAGAAUUUCUCUCGUUCUGUGAGCCCUUAGCGAUAAACAGACACAGGGCCUCAUCUCCACUCUGGCCCAGGUGAGGGUGGUGACGUGGCAGCAAUGCAGCACAGGCCACUCACCGCUCAGUGUGCAGGUGCCUCACAGCACGAGGUUUGCUGCCAGCAGCUCCCUGAGCCGCAGCACCAACAGCGGGCCAUGCCCAGUGCCACAAGCCUGGCCUUCUGUGAAGCCGCUUCUCCUGCUGGUUCCAAUAUUCCUAGUAGCUGGAGAAACUUCGAGAAGCUCAGCUGGCUUCGGCGCUCUUCACUGACACGUCGGCUCUCGUCUAUUUUUUUGUAAAGGUCUGUCAGUCUUUCAAAAACGAGAGCGUUUUCCCUGACCAGGCCAGAUUCUUGGCACAUUCCUCCAACAUUCCUUUAAACAGGCAGUCAGCAAACAACAGCGCAAACAGUCCCCAGCCCUCUCAUUGUUUCCUGACCCUGAUUUACCAGGGGUGAGCCGGAUAGAUGAUUAAACUAACCACAGGCCGGGCUUGUGCCAAGCCAUUCGCUCUGAGCUCUCAUGACAUUAAUUCGGAUUUCUUUCAGUUCCUUUACAACUACAGUUGAAAGUAGCAGUUGUGUGUGUUCAGCACCUCCCACCCAGAUAUUCUGUGUUGCUUGGGGUCAUGUGCUGUCCUCUUGUUCUUUCUGGACACCAUCUUUCUUUCAUUGUUCGUAUGUUUAAGUUGCUCUUGAGAAGAAAGUGGAGGUACAUCCAACAGCACGGAUGGCUGAGCGUGAUGACAUCCAAGGGUAAAGCACUUGUAUGGGAACUGUUGAGUCACAGCCUGAACCUCUGAUUGAUCACCUGGGGCAAGCACUGGGUCAGCCCUGGGAGCACAGGUGAAGGUGAUUCAGCUGCAUGACCAGAAGGGGUAGAGCCUGGCUGCACCUCUCCUAGCCCCCAUUUAAGGGCUGACUGCCACUCAGGAAAGAUUUCUUUCUGGAGAUCCCUCCUUUUGGAGUUUUCUACUGUGAGCCUAGGACACAACAGUGCUCCUGCUCUGAAUUGGAACCAAAAGCAAGUAUGUUCAUUAAGAGCCAGAAGGAGAGAGGGAGUGAGAGCCACUUAAUUAAAACAUUUCCAGCCAAUACUCUGAAGAACUUCUAGAUUCUGCACAUAUCCCAUGCAUAGUCAAUGGAAAUUGCAUGAGCAGAGGAUGAAAAGAUUUGGAAUAUAAAAUGAGCAAAAACUACAAAAGACUAGACCACAAGAACAAAGCCUUGGCAUCUGCCUGAGAGGAACCAAGCUUUCUAGUGUCUAGCUGGACCUGCUGGCUAUUGAAGAGUGGCAUGUGAGCCCAACACAGCCUCAAGCCAUCUACGGGUCUGCUCUGUAGUGGGUGCCACAUGUGGCAGCAUUAAGGUGCUCCAGCAAUGCUCUGUAUGGGAUGCUUUGAACCCCUCAUCCGGCAGUGCCCAGCUCUCUGCAGCAGGCUUUCCUCUGGCCAGACCUGUUGUCUCUCUGCCCAAUUUGAGCCCAGAGUAGCAGAAAAGGUCAGAGCGGCAAAGAAAGUGGUUUCUCAUUUUCUAGCUUUGAGGAGCUAUGUAAAGCCAUGUCCAGCUGUGUUCACAUGUCAGGGAGGACUUCAUCAGUCCAGCCAGCUGUGAAAUAACCUCCUGGCUCCAGGUGCGGCUAAAGGAGCAGCUGCCUGAGCUAGUUGUUUUCAGAGGACGGCACACAGGCCAUCCUUUACCAGUAAUACAAGCAGCGUACCUGACUCUUUGCCCCCAUGUUUGUUCUUGUACAAACAAUUUUUUUUCAUUAUCGAGAGUGCAAUCCUCUGAGAUGGAAUCACAGAAUAUCUUGCAGGAGGAAAAGCCAAAAGAUGACUGCUGCAGAGUUUGCACUCGGUUCAUCCCCUUUGCUACAGCAGGAACUGCUGGAAGGGGACUUGAGCUGUGCACAGCUGUUAUUUACCUCUGUUUUGAAAUGCUUGAAGUUGCAAUAAUCUGUUUAUUUUUCUUUAACUCUUUUGUGCUUUGGGGGCAUCACACAUUUCAAAAGGCCACAUUGCUAAAUUUUAAGAAAACUAUUGGGCUGGCAGUGCUGUAGCAACUGUUACUUUGUAAAAGAAAUCAAUAAAUAAGGGAAAGCAGAUUAAGUAAACAUAGAAGCUAUCAGCACAGCAAAAAAAGUCUUAGUGAACAGAGAAGUUUGACAAAUGACUGGUGUGAAUCUUUGCUUUUUCUCUGGCUUUCAUCAAGAUUCCUCUCACACAUAAAGAUGUCUCCAAAAGAGAAGUCCUGGCACAACCCCAGGUAAUGGAGAGGUUGGUCCUGCAGCCGGUACUGCAGGUCUGGAGGAAAGCAGACAGGAGUACAGCAUACCAAGGAGGAGCUUUAUCCUCCUGGGUUUCUUUCGUAUAUUAUCCAGACCCAGCUAUUAAGGUCAAUUAACCUCAUAGAAGUCGUAUAGCGCUUGUGGCCUGUAAAUCAGGCAACUCUACAGUCCUGAUAUCUGACAGUCCAACCCCAGAUGAGUACCACAAAAGGCCACUCCAACCGCAUCAAAAAGACAAAACCCUGUCCUUAGAUUUUUUGGGGGAAAAAUGCUUUGCGUUCCUGUGCUCAGAGUUUGUUAUGUAUUUUGCUGAGGGCUUAAGGACCGCCUUGAGAAUUAAAUUAACUUGGACGAUUUCUUCUUGCCUCUCUUGUAAUGUUUUGGUCUAAUCCUGCAAAUGACCUUUGUGUGGACAUGGAAUCCACAUGGAGCUGUUUGGAGACUGGUGCAUGCGAAACAGCCCUGUGCUGCACUGAAGAAUUUGAGUAUAUCUAAUGAGUUUAAAUAUUUGGCUGCUGCUUUCUUCUGGGAAAGCAGUUCUGAAAUGAACAUCUGAGAGUGUCCCAGCAGAAGACUGGGCUGAAAACACUCUGCAAAUGUGGCUUUGUUUCUUAGCUCAUUGCUUUCAUUUUGACUUCUCACUGCGUUAUGUUAUUGCUGAUCAGAUUUUGGGAUCAAAUUUUGCCAUUCUUCACAGGAAAAAAAUGAAGGAGGGUGCUAAUAAUUAAUUUAGUCACACUAGAAAUAUGUUACAUUCAAUGCUUUCUCCACUUUCUUUUUUAUAUACUGCCGUUUGCAUAGGCAGUCAACAUCGCUUGUUUAAAGUAAAUGAGCGUGUUUGCUCCUUGCAUGCAGUAAUUGCUAUGGCUUGACUUCUGCCUUUUUUGUGUGCUGGUUGGUUUUUUUUUCCCCCAGUACAGGUAGGUGAGGCAUUUGGAGCCUGACCACAGCUCCAGUGUUGCUCAUGCUCACAGCUGUCUCUGAUGGUCCUUAAAACUAGAGCAGUCACUCAUUAAAUAGCAUGUCUAACUCUGAUCAGCCAGCAUCUACUGUGGAAACUGAUAAUUGUUCAAAGGGUUUGUAAAAGCCAUAAAGAAAGUAAAGAAAAUAUUUUCUGCCGCUUUAAAGCAGCACUCACAGACAGUCCCGACUCUUAAAGCUGCAUGCAGCUUUCUAGGGAAUUUAUAAGACUUCUUCCAAGAAGCUACAGUGACAAUUUUUGCUCUGUUAGAAUAUCAAACGUUACUGGAAAAUUCUCACUAAUUUGACAUAAAUACAAUCCGACCUUCCCACU